AUGCACGGCUCCACUCCUCUCGUUCUCCUCAGCGCCGUCCCGGCCGCUUUCGCCGUGGCCGUCCCACGGCAGGCUGCAACGAGCAUCAAUGAUCUCUUCGUCGCCAAAGGCAAGAAAUACUUCGGCACCUGCACCGACCAGGGUCUGCUGAGCAGCGGCCAGAGCGCCGCCGUCAUUCAGGCCGACUUCGGCCAAGUGACGCCAGAGAACAGCAUGAAGUGGGACAGCAUUGAGCCGUCGCAGGGCAACUUCAACUUCGACGGCGCCGACUAUCUCGUCGACUGGGCCACGACCAACAGCAAGCUCGUCCGCGGCCACACCACCGUCUGGCACUCGCAGCUUCCGUCGUGGGUCAGCAGCAUCACGGACAAGGACACCUUGACCGAGGUCGUGCAGAACCAUGUGACGACGGAGAUUGGCCGGUACGCCGGGAAGAUUUACGCUUGGGACGUCGUGAACGAAAUCUUCAACGAAGACGGCACCCUUCGUUCCUCCGUCUUCUACAACGUCCUCGGCGAAGACUUCGUCCGCAUCGCCUUCGAGGCCGCGCGCGCCGCCGACCCGGCCGCAAAGCUCUACAUCAAUGACUACAACCUCGACAGCGCCACCUACGCCAAAACAACCGGCCUGAUCAGCAAAGUCAAAGAGUGGAUCGCCGCGGGCGUCCCCAUCGACGGCAUCGGCUCGCAGUCGCACCUGUCGGCGGGCGGCGCGGGCGGCACCGCGGCCGCCAUGCAGGCGCUGUGCGCGGCGGCGUCCGAGUGCGCCAUCACCGAGCUCGACAUCGCCGGCGCGGCGGCGGCCGACUACGUCCAAGCCACGCAGGCCUGCCUGGAUGUUGAGAAUUGUGUUGGUAUUACGGUGUGGGGUGUGAGUGACACCAACAGUUGGAGGGCGGAUAGCACGCCGCUGCUGUUUGAUUCGUCGUUUCAGCCGAAGGCGGCGUAUGAUGCGAUUGUUGAGGCGUUGUCUUGA